AUGACGGUGAACCUUCGCGAUUUAUCCCGGACAAUUGCUGAAUUCGCAUUCCUUACCGCAUUGGUGUGCAACUCCCUUUUGAUCUAUCUGACUGCUCGUCGCACUAAAAACAUCACUGGAGCUUACAAGUACAUGAUAAUUUUAUUUGCAUUACUUGGACUAAUAUUUUCCUGUACUGAAAUGCUUGCAAGACCAUUUGUUCAUAAUUUCAAUGCUUCCUUUGUCUACUUUAGUUUAUCGAAUGAUCUUUCGGAAUUUAAAUCUUUAGUUCAAAUGCUUCUUGUUUUGUACUCCGGACUAUAUUCUUCUCUAAUUUCAUUCGUUGCCGUUCAAUUUAUUUACCGCUAUAUGGUUCUUGUAAACGCUAACCUUCUCGAAUCUUGGUUUACUGGUUGGAAGCUUGUAUUCUGGGUUUUCUAUGUGAUAUUUUUUGGUUUCGCUUGGAGUGCAUCAGUAUAUUUUUGUCUAUUCCCGGACACCUAUUCAUAUAAUUAUAUAAGAACGGAGUUUAAAGACGUUUAUAAUAUUGGUGUGGAUCGAGUGGCCAUUUUCAUACUAGUUGCUUAUGAAAAACACCCAUCAAGUGAAGAGUAUAAACUGAGACCGGCAAGUGUAAUUAUGAUAGCUGGGACCAUCUCUAUACUGGUAAUUCAAUACUCAAUAAUGCUGUUUUGUGGUGCAUCAAUGCACCGCCAAAUGAACGAAAAACUCAAAAACUUUUCACCUGAUAACCAACGACUUCAAAAGCAAUUUUUCAAAACUUUACUCCUUCAAAUCUCUGUGCCAACAGUCUUGUUCCACAUGCCAAUAUUUCCGGUUCUACUAGGCCCGUUCUUCAAUUUCGAAAUAUCAGCCGAGUCUGGAAUCAUUUACAGUCUAUUCAGUCUGUAUCCACCAAUCGAUGGACUUAUUAUAAUGACCGUUGUCACCGAUUAUAGAAUUGCUUUAACUGAAUUAUUUCUGGGCUCGCAUUCUGGUGCACAGGUCGAAGUGAUACCUGUGGAAGUUGUAAGUAUUUUAAAUUUUAGUUUGUUAUAA